GGCAAUUGUUGUUGGUUUAAUUUCGUGUGGCCUCAGCUGCUCCGAUAAGACUAACACCAACCAAAACAUUCAUCCAUUGAAGCGGCUAAAUGGCGGCGGCAAUCCCGGAGUUUUACCCCCCAAAGCUCGUUUUAGCCCCAAAAUAUCUCAGCCACCGUUCUCAUGCCACUAAUUUAUCAUCCUGCUCCUCCUAUUUCAGCUCGACUAAACCUCAAUUUCAGCUCCUUCGGAAAAACUAUUCGUCUGCUGGCGAAUUUCGCGUUUUACACAACAUAAAGCGUCACAGUUUGAAGGUCUCCUGCCGCGCUACUGGCGCCGGCGUCCAGCCCAAAGGCGCCCCCCCUUCCCCCGCCGAAAUUGAAUCCGCUAUUCGUGCGGGAAAAGACCGCCUUCUCAAGGUGCCCUCGUCGAAUAUUAGGAAUUUCUGCAUUAUAGCACAUAUUGAUCAUGGAAAAUCAACGCUGGCGGAUAAAUUACUGCAGAUGACUGGCACCGUGGAGACCAGAGAAAUGAAGGAGCAAUUUCUCGAUAAUAUGGAUUUGGAGAGGGAAAGAGGCAUCACUAUCAAAUUGCAGGCUGCACGGAUGCGUUAUGUUCAUAACAAUGAACCUUAUGUCCUGAAUCUUAUCGAUACACCUGGUCAUGUUGACUUCUCCUACGAGGUUUCUCGCUCUCUUGCUGCCUGUGAAGGAGCUCUUCUUGUUGUAGAUGCCUCCCAGGGGGUGGAAGCCCAAACAUUGGCCAAUGUGUAUUUGGCCUUGGAAAACAACCUUGAAAUCAUACCAGUUUUGAACAAGAUAGAUCUUCCAGGUGCAGAACCCGAACGUGUUUGCCGAGAGAUAGAAGAGGUUGUGGGUCUUGAUUGUAGUGAUGCAAUUUACUGCUCAGCAAAGGAAGGAAUAGGCAUCACUGAGAUAUUAAGUGCAAUUGUUCAAAAGGUCCCUCCUCCUCCAGACACUGCAGAAAGGCCUUUGAGGGCUCUCAUAUUUGAUAGUUACUACGAUGCUUACAGAGGAGUCAUUGUAUAUUUUCGACUGAUUGAUGGGUGUAUAAAAAGAGGUGACCGGAUAUUGUUUAUGGCCAGUGGAAAGGAUUAUUAUGCUGAUGAAGUUGGAUUUUUAUCUCCGAACCAGUUGCAAGUUGAUCGGUUAAAUGCUGGAGAGGUGGGUUAUCUUUCGGCUUCCAUAAGAUCAGUGGCAGAUGCUAGAGUGGGUGAUACAAUCACACACUAUAGCAGAAAGGCUGAAGAAUCUCUUCCUGGAUACAAGGAGGUCACACCAAUGGUCUUCUGUGGCCUGUUUCCUGUUGACGCUGACCAGUUUCAUGAGUUGCGUGAUGCUUUAGAGAAAUUACAGCUUAAUGAUUCUGCUUUAAAGUUUGAGCCGGAGACCUCAAGUGCCAUGGGAUUUGGGUUUAGAUGUGGAUUCCUUGGUCUUCUUCAUAUGGAAAUUGUUCAGGAAAGGCUGGAACGUGAGUACAAUUUGAGUUUAAUAACCACCGCCCCAAGUGUGGUCUACAGAGUGACUUGCACAAGUGGUGAUAUUGUCGAAUGCUCAAAUCCAUCCUUACUUCCUGAAGCUGGCAACAGAAGGUUAAUUGAAGAGCCAUAUGUUAAGAUAGAAAUGCUCACUCCAAAAGAUUAUAUUGGUGCACUUAUGGAGCUUGCUCAAGACCGGAGAGGAGAGUUCAAAGAAAUUAAGUUCAUUACUGAAAUUAGGGCAUCACUUCUUUAUGAGUUACCCCUGGCUGAGAUGGUAGGUGACUUCUUUGAUCAGCUGAAGUCGAGGAGCAAAGGCUAUGCUAGCAUGGAGUACUCCUUCAUUGGGUACAGGGAGAGUGACUUAAUAAAGCUUGACAUUCAAAUUAACGGGGAGCCGGUAGAGCCUUUAUCAACUAUUGUGCAUAAAGACAAGGCUUAUGCUGUCGGAAGAGCUUUAACUCAAAAAUUGAAGGAACUAAUUCCAAGACAAAUGUUUAAAGUGCCAAUCCAGGCAUGCAUAGGCGCCAAGGUGAUUGCUAGUGAAGCUUUAUCUGCUAUCAGGAAAGACGUUCUUGCCAAAUGCUAUGGUGGGGACAUCUCAAGAAAAAAGAAGCUUCUGAAAAAACAGGCCGAGGGAAAGAAGAGAAUGAAAGCAAUCGGUAAGGUCGACGUACCACAAGAAGCAUUCAUGGCAGUAUUGAAACUUGAAAAGGAGGUAUUGUGAUUUUGCAUCCACGUUGUGUAUAGAAAAUCUCAGGUUAUAUCAUUCCGAAGCAGCAUUCAUCAAUCGGAGAUAUAUAUAAAAAAAAUGUAUUAGUGGUAAUGAAUCUCAAUGUUUUUGGAAGAUAUUCAUUUAUUGGAAAAUUGCUUAUUAGUUGGUGUA